AUGGAUGCGGUCUUCCUCGCGCUUGCUGGCGUUUUGCUGACGGCUUCGCCAACGGCAGACGCCGCAGAGGCGGCCCCUGCUUUGGACUUGUCUUCUAGCGUUGGGUAUCAGUGCUGGGAAACCCACGGCGUUUUCGAGUGCGAUUGCUUCCAUGACGAGACGCUGACCCUGGACCCGUACCCCCUGAAGCCGGAGAUGUUCGCGCGGGCGAUUCGGUACAGUACGUCCGACCUCUCUUUGCACCGCGCCUUUCGGAGGGCGAGGGGUAGAGGGGUGCUGAAGGUCGUUGUUCUAGGGGGGAGUGUCACGUACGGACAUGAUUGCUCAUCACCGGCAGGACUCAAGGGGAACGGUUGUGCAUGGCCCCAUCGCGUGGAGCAGUGGUUUCAGGAAGAAUACGAAGAUCUGGAUAUCGAGGUCACAAACGCGAGUGUCCCCAAAUAUGGAGUAAUGCAAUUUCUCCAUAAACUUCUGGACAAGGCCCUGCCAGUGGACUUGGAGGUCGACCUCAUUAUCGUCGACUUUGGAGUAAAUGACGCGGUCAUCGAAGAAUUUGAGUACAACCUGGAGUACUUGAGGAUGGCGCACGAACUACUCAUCCGCUACGUCAGAGACACAAUGUUCCACUCGCCAGCGCUCCUCUACGCGGAGAGUUUCAUCGCACCAUUCCGAAGUCUUGAAUCCCCAUGGCAAAGCGAAAACAUGGCGGAGGUGCACGCCAGCGUAACACAAAAGCACGACAUUCCCAUGGUGUCCUUCCGGGAUGCGGUUUGGCCGAAAAAGGAAGAUUACGCCGCUGCAGAAGACAUCUGGGGACACUCGGUCCAUCCUGAUUGGCAAGUGCACCAGCUCAUGGCCGAUGUCGUCGCGUACUACCUUCAACUAUCGUACGCCCGGUUCUUGGAGGUGUAUGGCCCGUUACCGAACCCUAGCCCCAGCGAGAAGGAACUCCAGCGAUUCAAGGGUGGGAUGGGCUGCCUCGCGAACCCUCGUUCAUCCGUUCUUGAGCUAGGCAGUUACUUGGACGCCCCACCCCCGGAAGAGCUGGUGUCAGUUACAGGAUGGUCGGUGUUGAAACUCUCCGGGGAAGCUGGACUGACAGGGUUCAGGAAAUAUGCCACCGAUCCGGCGGUGGCGACGUUCGAACUUGUUUGCGACGGUGGCGUGGGGCUUCUAGACAUAGAGUACCUUGUGAGCUACGCGGGUAUGGGUGCGGUCAUGGUUGAGAUUGAGGCUGGGCCAACAGCGGAAGAUUUACAGGACGAGGGAAUUAGCAGCACGUCAACCGUGAUUGUCGAUGGGCUGUGGGAUUCACACGCCUCGGUUUCUUCUUUCGAGACCAUUCCUAUCCCUGAUGCGGGUGGAGGGGGAAAUGUUAGAGUAUCACUUCGUAUUUUGUCGGCCGAAGAGGAACAUUCGUCCUCUUCCUCCCGCCUUUUCGACUUUAAGGGCGACGAAGACAGAGAGAAAGAAGUGCGAGGUGACCGCAAGUUCAAGCUAAUCAGCUUGCAGUGCUGUUGA